CAGACUCUCCCUUUUAAAUCGCCUCGUCCCUGCAGCUUAUAGUUACUCCUUUGAGUUGUUGUCAUUUUAAUACCGCAAGCAUGACUCGAUGGAGCUGGUCAAGCACCGCCGAUGAAGUCGUGGAUGCUUUCAAAAGCAAAGUUGAAGGCAAGGCCGUUGUUAUCACAGGUGCCGGGUCGGGUGCCAUUGGUUCUGCAAUCGCACUAAGCAUAGCACGCGGUUUGCCUGCUGCGCUCAUCCUCCCCGGGCACGACCGGUCAGAUUGGAAGCGUUAUUUUAUUACUUAGGUUAAUCCUUAAGGCAC